AUGGUCCUGCUCAGAGCCCGCACAGUCGCUAUCGUAGGCGCCGGCCCCUCUGGACUUGUCGCUGCAAAAUACUUUCGUGCAGAAAAGGCGUUCGAUAAGAUUGUUAUCUUUGAGCAGAGGGGUCGUAUAGGCGGUAUUUGGAAUUAUACCCCGGAUCAACGGGAUGAAGAUCUCUUUACUGUUCCCCAGACGGAUCCGGCUGGCAGAAAUCAGGAACCGACUUGGCGGGAGGUAGAUUCUCAAGAUGGCGAAGAGCAGGAGCAAAAUGGCGUGAAGAAGGAGGCUUCGUUUUUGUCGCCGCUGUAUGAGAGGCUGGAAACGAAUAUUCCGCGAGGUUUGAUGGGAUUCCAGGAUCUCGAUUGGCCGCAGGAUAGUCAGCUGUUUCCCAAGCAUGAGACGGUUCUAGAGUACAUUGAGGAGUAUGGGAGAGAUGUAAAGCAUAUGGUGUUGUUCGAAACCCAAGUCGUGGAUGUAAGAGCCGCGGAUCAAGAGUACGGCGGACGCUGGCGCGUGAAGAGCCGAAACCUCCGAUCAGGGAACGAGGACGAAGAAAUAUAUGACGCCGUCAUCGUCGCAAACGGCCAUUUCGUCGUACCCCAUGUUCCGGACAUACCGGGAAUCAAGGAAUGGAACGCAAAUUAUCCCGGCGCUAUCAGCCAUUCCAAGUAUUUUAGGAAACCAGAGGACUUUGCAGGGAAGAAGGUUGUCGUCAAACCCCUCCUCUGGUCGAGCAGGUCCGUCUCCUUUUUCAACCCCAGCAAAGUUAUCGACCCUCGCAAACGCGAGCAUCGACCCAUUGCUCGCUUCCUACCGGAGAGCAGAGGCGUGGAGUUUGAAGACGGUGCGAUAGAGCACGAUGUCGAUGCUGUGCUUUUUGCAACUGGCUAUUAUUACUCUCUCCCUUUUCUGAAACAUGUGGAGCCUGCCCUCAUCACCGACGGAUCCCACGUUCACCAUACCUACCAGCAUCUCUUCUACGCGCCUCGCCCCACCAUAUCCUUCCUCGUCCUCAACCAGCGCGUCAUCCCCUUCCCAAUGGCCGAAGUCCAAUCCGCGGUCCUCGCCCGCGCCUACUCUGGUCGUCUUCCCCUUCCACCUCUCGCUGAAAUGCAGCAAUGGGAAGAAAACGCCAUUGCCGAAAACGGCAACGGCAAGAACUUCCACCUUCUGCCUUUCCCAAGAGAUGGACAGUAUCUCAACAAAAUGUCGGACUGGGCGAUGAUGGUGCCACCAAGAGAAGGCUUGGAGAACGAUGGGAAGGGGAGGAUUCCGCCCAGGUGGGGCAAGUGGGAGUUCUGGUGUAGGGACAAUUUCGCUGCUAUUCGAGGGGCGUUUGGGGCCAGAGGGGAGGAAAGACACAAGGUGAGAAGUAUUGAGGAGCUGGGGUUUGUUCAGGGGAAGGAGAGGGAACAUCAAGGAGAGGAAAAUCGGAUUAUCUGA